UGAGGUUGAAAGAAGAAGAGUCGGUUAGUUUCCCACCUAUAUAAGUUUGAGCACUUCUUCUCCCUUUCCACAGGCAUCUUCUUGGUCUGCACCUGCUGUCAACAAACCAGCCAUGAUCCUCCAGACUGCUGUUCUCACUGCGCUCCUCUGCUCCGUCCAGGGCUUCUCUAUCCAGGCUGCAUUUGAAAAGACUGAAGAAAACUCUGGCAACACCCUGACGGAUGAUGACUUCAGCGUUUCCACACUGUUGGAAAAAGCCAACGUGAAUGUUGGAAAGAACCUGGAUGAGCCCCUUGUGAUAUCCGGAGACAUAGCAGUGCCAACGGGUCUGCAGAACGCUGAUCCCUGCACCGCCAGAGGCUGCCUGUGGCCUAAAGCCACCGAUGGCAAUGUUUACGUUCCGUACCGCAUUUCCUCUGCAUUCUCCACAAGAGAGAGGAACUUCAUCAUCCAAGGUCUGAGGUCAUUUGCCGAGUCCACUUGCAUUCGCUUCACCCCCUUGCAGAGGGGACAGAGGGACUUUGUGGACAUCCAGUCUCUGUCAGGGUGUUUCUCAUAUAUCGGCCGUCGCGGUAAUGGCCAGCCAUUGUCUUUGAAUCGCCAGGGCUGUGUCUUCAAGUCUAUCAUUCAACACGAGCUGCUCCAUGCCCUGGGCUUCAACCACGAGCAGACCCGUUCCGACCGGGAUCAGCAUGUUCGCAUCCUGCUGCAGAACGUCAUUUCCGGAAUGGAGGGUAACUUCAGGAAGAUAGAAACAAGGAACCUCGGCACUCCCUAUGACUACAACUCGGUCAUGCACUAUUCAAGGUUUGCUUUCUCCAGGAACAGGCAGCCAACCAUCAUUCCCAUCCCUGACAACAACGUCGCCAUUGGCAGGGCCCAGCAGAUGAGUCCGACUGACAUCCUGAGGGUCAAUCGCCUUUAUCAAUGCAAUUCAACUGUCGCCAAACGUGUGUCGUCUAUAAAAACCUGGAGUCAAACCUUGGACACAGUUCACACAGAAGGUCACAGGUCUGCUGGGAUGAUGGUUUGUGUGUCUGUUUUCAGGAGGUCCGCUCUGGCUCUGCUGCUUCUGUCUGCCUGCUGCUGGGCCGACAAUGAGGCAGAGAUUGCCGAGGAGAACUCAGAACUUUCCGUCUCUGAACGUUUGGAGAGAGCCAACAGUAAUCUGAUCCGCUCCAACAAUGAUCCCAUCCUGAUUGGAGGAGACAUCGCCGUUGGCAGUGAGGCCGAGAAAAAUGCCGACCCCUGCACCAGCCGAGGCUGCAUGUGGGGCAAGUGGACUGAUGGGAAGGUCUACAUUCCGUACUACAUCACCAAUCACUUCUCCUCCCGUGAGAAGGCCAUCAUCACCCGGGGGCUGGAGUCCUUCUCCUCCUUCUCCUGCAUCCGCUUCAGGCCCACCAGAAGCAGCGACCGCGACUGGCUGAGCAUCGAGUCCCAGAAUGGCUGCUACUCUUUUGUCGGACGUACUGGCGGUAAGCAGGUGGUGUCGCUGGCCCGCAGCGGGUGCCUUUACCACGGCACCGUCCAGCACGAGCUGCUCCACGCUCUGGGAUUCAACCACGAACAAACCCGCUCUGACAGAGACAACCACAUCAGAGUCAUGCUGCAAAACGUUCAUUCUGGAAUGGAGCACAACUUCAGGAAGAUUGCGACCCUCAACCAGGGCACUCCCUACGAUUACAACUCGGUCAUGCAGUACCACAAGUACGCCUUCUCUAAGAACAACCAGCCCACCAUGAUUCCAAUCCCGAACUCCAACGUGUCCUUCGGCAACGCCAAGGAGAUGAGCCGCAACGACAUCGCCAGGCUCAACACGCUCUACAAGUGCUUUUGA